GUAUCACGACAGCCCCGCCGCACCAACAGUGCAUUCUGGGUCCAACCCAAGAUGGCUGCGCCCUUACAGAAGUGCUGAAGAAGUGCUCUCCGGAGAAACUCUCGGGAUUUCGUGGGAUUUCCGCGAGCACCGUCGCGCAGAAUCACCUCCGAGGGUCGCUGGUUUGUAGAAGGAGACCGCAGGAGCCCAGUCAUCGAUAAGAGCGGCCGGGGCUUCGCGUGGCUGUGGCAGACUGUCCGUGUGAAGAUGGGCCUCGUCUCCAGCCCCUUCCCAUAGCGAAGAGCCGUGGGGAGAGGAGCCGCGGAUUCCCCUGCAAACACGCACCCGUCCAGCUCGGCUUUGACGGGUUUGACAUACUCUACAGGCUGUGGACGCUGCCCUACAACUUUCUCACCAGGAUCGUUUGUGCCACAGUGUCCGUCAUCGUCCGGAGGCGCAGAGCUUCCUCAGCCCGGGUAGAUAACCCCACACCACCGAGGGCCCUGAUGAAAAUGGAGUCAGACUUGCUUCAUUCCCCAGCUGUGGGCCUCACUGAGGAAGAGGAGGCUGACAUGAAUGACUGGAAGCUUCCUCUGGCCUUCAUGAAGAAACGCCACUCUGAGAAGAUCGAGGGCUCCAAGGCGUUAGCACAGAGCUGGAGGAUGAAGGACAGGAUGAAGACGGUCAGUGUAGCGCUGGUGUUGUGUCUCAAUGUCGGAGUGGACCCCCCCGAUGUGGUCAAGACCUCACCCUGCGCCAGACUGGAGUGCUGGAUAGAUCCUCUGUCGAUGAGUCCACAGAAAGCUCUGGAGACCAUCGGGGCCAACCUGCAGAAGCAAUAUGAGAACUGGCAACCCAGGGCACGUUACAAGCAGAGUCUGGACCCCACAGUGGACGAGGUGAAGAAGCUUUGCACGUCGCUGAGGCGUAACGCCAAGGAGGAGCGAGUCCUCUUCCACUACAACGGUCACGGGGUGCCGCGACCUACAGUCAAUGGGGAGAUCUGGGUCUUUAAUAAGAACUACACCCAGUACAUACCACUGUCCAUCUACGACCUGCAGACGUGGAUGGGGAGCCCUUCCAUUUUCGUCUACGAUUGCUCUAAUGCUGGAAUCAUCGUCAAGUCGUUUAAACAGUUCGCCCUGCAGAGAGAGCAGGAGCUGGAGGUGGCAGCCAUCAACCCCAGCCACCCACUCGCCCAGAUGCCUCUUCCCCCUUCUAUGAAAAACUGCAUCCAGCUGGCGGCCUGCGAGGCCAGCGAACUUCUGCCCAUGAACCCUGACCUCCCCGCUGACCUUUUCACUUCCUGCCUCACCACGCCCAUCAAGAUUGCGCUACGAUGGUUUUGUAUGCAGAAGAGUGCCAAACUGGUGCCAGGGGUGACGUUAGACCUCAUUGAGAAGAUCCCUGGCAGGCUCAAUGACAGACGCACUCCACUCGGAGAGCUCAACUGGAUCUUCACAGCCAUCACUGACACAAUCGCCUGGAAUGUGCUGCCUAGAGAUUUGUUCCAGAAGUUAUUUCGUCAGGACCUGUUGGUGGCCAGCUUGUUCCGAAAUUUCCUGUUAGCAGAGAGGAUAAUGAGGUCAUACAACUGCACGCCGGUCAGCAGUCCGCGCCUGCCCCCUACAUACAUGCACGCCAUGUGGCAAGCGUGGGACCUGGCUGUGGAUAUCUGCCUCUCUCAGCUGCCCACCAUCAUCGAGGAGGGCACCGCCUUCAGAUUUCAGGUCCUCCUCAGUCAGGUGCAUCGGCUGCGGGCUCUAGACCUGCUCGGACGGUUUCUGGACCUGGGACCAUGGGCUGUUAGUCUGGCCCUGUCUGUAGGGAUCUUCCCCUACGUGUUAAAGCUGCUUCAGAGCUCAGCCAGAGAGUUGCGGCCACUGCUGGUUUUCAUCUGGGCUAAAAUCCUGGCUGUGGACAGUUCAUGUCAAGCAGACCUGGUAAAAGACAACGGACACAAGUACUUCCUGUCCGUUUUGGCCGACAGUUACAUGCCAGCUGAGCAUCGAACCAUGGCUGUCUUCAUACUGGCUGUUAUCGUCAACAGCUACAACACAGGACAGGAGGCCUGUCUGCAGGGCAACCUAAUAGCCAACUGCCUGGAGCAGCUGUCAGACCCCCAUCCCUUGCUUCGUCAGUGGGUAGCCAUUUGCCUGGGCCGCAUCUGGCAGAACUUCGACCCUGCACGCUGGUGUGGUGUCCGAGACAGCGCCCACGAGAAGCUCUACACCCUGUUGUCGGAUCCCAUCCCUGAGGUGAGAUGUGCAGCCGUCUUUGCUCUGGGGACGUUUGUGGGAAACUCUGCUGAGAGGACAGAUCACUCAACUACCAUUGACCACAACGUGGCAAUGAUGCUGGCCCAACUCAUCAAUGAUGGCAGCCCUGUGGUCCGCAAGGAGCUGGUUGUAGCACUGAGUCACCUGGUGGUCCAGUAUGAAAGCAACUUCUGUACAGUCGCUCUCCAGUUUAUAGAGGAAGAGAAGAACUACACAGUGCCAUCACCAGCUAACACCACAGAGCCUGGUAACCUGACUCCAGUGAGGGACAGUCCGGCCAUCCCACGCCUGCGAUCGGUCAACUCUUAUACCAACAUCCGAGCUGCUACCACUGCCCGCAACCUGAACAAGAGCCUGCAGAACCUCAACCUCAAUGAAGAGGGUGGACCAGCAGCUUUCUCUCCUGGUAACCUGAGCACCAGCAGCAGCGCCAGCAGCACCCUAGGGAGCCCCGACAAUGAUGAGUACAUCCUGUCCUUUGAGACCAUCGACAAAAUGCGAAGGGUGUCCUCCUAUUCUUCCCUCAACUCUCUCAUAGAGGAGUCUGAGCUUUUAGAGGUUCCAGGUUUAAAUCAGUCCCUCAUCCCUACAACAUCCCAGGGGUUUUGCAGCACUCAUGGGAAGGCAACGAUGAACGCUCGACCUCAGAGAAUCCUGGAAUCUGGCUCUCUCACCCAGUCGGCUCCAGCCAGCCCUACCAGCAAGGGCACGCACAUUCAUCAGGCCGGUGGGUCUCCGCCCAUGCCCAGCACCAGCAGCUCCAGUCUGACCAACGAGGUGCCCAAACCCCCCGCAAGAGAGCAGCCAGCCACACGGCCCCCCUACACCCCAACACUGGGAGGACAAGCACCCCACUCCCACCAGUUCCCCCGCACUCGCAAGAUGUUUGACAAGGGACCAGAGCAGGCAGGAGAGGACGGUGAUGAGCCGGGUGGUCACAGGAACUACAUCAGUGCUGCCCUCCAGACGGGCUUGUGUGAUUGGAGUGCAAAGUAUUUUGCUCAGCCUGUCAUGAAGAUCCCAGAGGAGCACGACCUGGAGAGCCAGGUGAGGAUGGAGCGACAGUGGAGGUUCCUGAGAAAUGCUCGUGUGAGGAAGCAGAGCCGAAGUAUCACGCAAAGAGGUGUCUCCCGUCUGGAUGAUCAAAUAUUCAUCAACCGUAACCCUGGAGUACCGUCUGUCGUGAAGUUCCACCCCUUCAACACCUGCAUCGCCGUGGCCGACAAGGACAGCAUCUGUUUCUGGGACUGGGAGAAGGGCGAGAGGCUCGACUACUUCUACAACGGAAACCCUCGUUACACUCGCAUCACAGCCAUGGAGUACCUGAAUGGACAUGACUGUUCGUUAUUGCUCACUGCAACAGAUGAUGGAGCAUUACGCAUCUGGAAGAACUUUGCUGACCAGAAGAACCCAGAGAUGGUGACAGCUUGGCAGGGUCUUUCUGACAUGCUGCCCACUACCCGAGGUCUUGCCAGAAGGGUCUCCAUAUAUCUUGACAGGAGUAAGCAAGGAGGUGCAGGUAUGGUUGUGGACUGGGAGCAGGAGACAGGCCUCCUCAUGACGUCUGGAGACGUGCGAGUCAUCAGGAUCUGGGACACUGACAGGGAGAUGAAGGUCCAGGACAUCCCAACCGGAGCAGACAGCUGUGUGACCAGCCUCUCCUGUGACUCCCAGCGUUCACUAAUCGUUGCCGGUCUGGGAGACGGAUCUGUCCGUGUGUUCGACAGGAGGAUGGGUCCUAAUGAAUGUCGGGUGAUGACCUACAGGGAGCACGGAGCCUGGGUGGUCAAAGCUCAUCUACAGAAGGAGACAGAUGGGCACAUUAUCAGUGUCAGUGUAAACGGAGACGUUCGAUUCUUCGAACCCCGGAGUCCAGACUCCAUCAACCUGUUGCAGACGGUGAAGGGGUUAACAGCUCUAGACAUCCACCCACAGGCUAACCUGUUCGCCUGUGGAUCGAUGAACCAGUUCAUCGCUGUCUACAACGCUAACGGCGACGUGAUCAGCAACAUUAAGUACUAUGACGGCUUCAUGGGACAAAGGAUCGGGGCCAUCAGCUGUUUAGCCUUCCAUCCUAACUGGCCUCACUUGGCCGUAGGCAGCAACGACUACUGCAUGUCCAUCUACUCAGCAGAGAAGAGACUCAGAUAACACACCAGCAUUCAUCACCCCCCCUCCCCACCAAAAUCACAACAUAUGACUUCUGACCCUGAGCCUCCAGCUCUGGAUGUAAAUGACUUUUUUGUCUUUGUACAUAUGCAAUUACCACCCUGAAUGUUCUAGUGAUUGCUGCUGACAAAAACUGCUACGACUAUAUAUAUAUAUUAUUAUUAUUCUCAUUGUUUAAUCACAUUCUUAUAAUGAAGCUAAUGAUUGUAGACCUGGCUGUGCAGAGGAGUGCGUGUAUUUAAAUAGCAUAUACAGAAGAAGAGAGGAUCUAUUUUAAAGAAGUGGUACCCAGCGAUCACCAGGGCUCCUCGUCGCCGCACAGCGAGCAUCACUACCUGAACGAACUGUGACCGCACAUCAGAUGUGGCGAGGGAGGGGUCUCCCAGAGGACGACACGGUUAAAACACAUUCACUGGUGCAGGAAACACAGACUGCGGGUUACUGCUGGACCCUGGUGUGUUUAUACAUUUAUUUUAAUGGCUGACUCUCAGCCAAACUACGCAGAGGUUUGCUGUAUUGCUGCACCGCCAGCUAGACAUUUGUAAGGACACACUCAGAGAUGUUGGACUUCACUCAAUCUAUCCUGACACAUGGACCAGGAAGACAUGAUGAGUGUGUGUGUGCGCAUGUGUUUGUGUGUGUGUGUGUGUGUGUGUGUGUGUGUGUGUGUGUUAAAAUGGAUUAUAGCACAGAUGUGCCCCACAGUGGGCCUUCAUAGCCUUGGGCCUGAUGCCCAAACAAGACCCCUGCUCUCAUGCUAGAACUCUCCCUCUGGCUUCCCUUCUGACCCCAGCGUGCCAAACAUCAUCAUAUUUUCCUUACACGCCUUGUUAUUGUGGCUCGGAUGGCUAUUUUCGUUGCUUUAUUUGUUUUUUAAAUGAUCACCUUUAACAAGGGAGAACCUUCGUCACCUCAAGGAUGAUACAUAACCUCAUAUCUAGCACAUAGAGAGGAGGUCUAGAAACAGAGCACCCAGUCGAACAGGGAGCCUGCGGUUACCUACCAGCCCUGCAAAGCAAUAAAACCUCCUGCGAUUUAGCCUCAAGCCAAUAGCAACAUCAGCCAUCAGCCUCAGUCUGAAGGCGACAGCAGCGUAGCUCACAACAGUCAAAACACUGACCUGCAGUGCCACACUACAGCAAUACAAACAUCCCAUUUCCAUUCACAAUCAUGUAAUCAGUCUGAGUUUCUUUUCUAAACAGGGGUACGUUUUACCCCAUCAACUCAACACAUCAGUCACAAGGAAAAUAUCAAUGAAAUGGAUUUUUCUGUGAUAGUCUAAAUUUUGUUUGCUCAUCACUACGUCCACCACUACAUAAUGUGGAGUCAAACGAUGCUGAAAGAAUCUCUGCUAAAACCAAGGGCCGACAGGCACACUGCUCCCAAACGCUCAUUGCGUCUUUAUUUUGGCUGUUGUGUGCUGGUCGGUUGGAAACGUGGAUAGAAGUUGACCCUGGUUGCUUGUUGCUUGUCUAACCACAUGAAGAGUCGGCUUUCUUCACACCCUCAAAGCAUUCAGCUCUGUAGGUUUGUAGAACUUGGUCGAACCAAGAAUCACCUGCCACCUCAGAGUCUGGACUGUUUUUCAGUCUUCUGUGAGACAUUUUUGAGUUUCUGUUUUGAUUUCAUGACCACACUUGUUUGUUGUUGCUCUGAUCUUCUUCUUGGAGGUGUAAAAUGUGUUGGCUGUUGAGGGGGGUGGAGUCACAGCUAGCCAUCUUUCCUAAACUGUCCAUCUGUAAAGAAACCUUUCUCUUACUUUGGUUUUUUUUUUUAAGUUCUUUUUGGGGGGCCGUAUGUCCAUCAACUCUGCUUAUUAAGCAUUUUUUAAGCCUUUUCUCUUUCUGUUUUGUAAUUUUAUGUUUUUAAUUCUGCUGACAGUUGUUUGCCAUGGCUUCAGUAAGGUGACAGGAAGAAAAGAGUGGGGACACCCCCCCCACACACAAACACACAAACACACAAACACACACAUACACACACACACACACACACACACACACACACACACACACUGCCCUACCAUGCACAACAUGACCCCAACAGCUUCCCCGCUCCUCCUUACUUUCCUGGCACACCCAUCUCUCACCCUCAGUUUCCCAUCACACGUCCCAAGCUUAGUUUUUUCCCCACAGAAGGAGUGGACUUGUGGACUCAGAGUGAAGUUGGAACACACAGUCUGUGUAAGCGGCUGCAGUCGCAGUCACCACACGAGUCCCCACCAUCACCCCCGUCACUGAGCUUCUCUAGCCGGCCUCAGCUGCUGCACCGGCUCAGCAAACAUAGUCAAGGCCUUUGCUCAGACACACAUUCAUCUCUAAGCGUCCUGCUUUGAGUUUUAAGAUUUUAGACCUGGAGAAAAAACAUGGACUUUGACAAAGUAGUAAGAAAGGAACAUUGAAACGUUUGACUGCUUUUCUGACUGUGGUUUAUAACAGGAGAUGAAAUCAGUGAAAUAAACCAAAUACAGCACCGGA